UGUAACUACCGGUUCGUUGUUUUUGUGUAUGUCAAGGUCAUGCCACUUUUAUUUUUAGCUCAAACUUGUAAACAACAUUCAACUGGAGCAUGCAAAGGUUUACGGGAGAGGUUGAAGGAUGGUGAGAGCCUCGUUGUAGCAGAAGGAUACAUAUUUGAAUUUGAAAGACGUGGUUAUUUGAAAUCCGGAAGUUUUGUACCGGAAGUCGUGCUCGAUCAUCCAGAGCUCGUCAAAUCCUUACACGAAGAAUAUGUUCAUGCUGGCAGCGAUGUUGUUCUCGCUUUUACGUAUUACGCCCAUCGUCAAAAACUAAAGCUGGUUAAUAGAGAGUCGGACUUAAAAGCUAUGAAUAUGAAGGCUUUACAAAUAGCGCGGGAAGUUGCAGACAACACAGGUACAUUGAUGGCAGGAAACAUCUGUAACUCCACCAUUUACAAAAAAGGAGACGAACAGGCAAUACAGGAUACAAGAGAUAUGUUUAAGGAACAAAUAGAAUGGGCGGUGGAAGGACAUGCAGAUUUUAUCGUUGCUGAGACAUUUGGUGAAUUUGGAGAGGCUAUGCUUGCUUUGGAAUGCAUCAAACAACAUGGAAAAGGAUUACCUUCUGUGAUAACGUUGUCGGUCCCUAUGACGACAGUGAUGAUUGAUGGGAUACCUGUGGACGAAGCCUGCAGACGAUUGGAGGAAGCUGGGGCUGACGUAGUGGGUUUGAAUUGUGGGCGGGGUCCAGAAACAAUAAUUGAGCCGCUGACACUUAUUCAAAAGGCUUGUAAAGGACCAGUUGCAGCGUUACCUGUUCCUUACAGAACCAAUCAGGAUCAAGUGACGUUUUUCUCUUUGACAGUGCCAGGAACAGAGAAAAUGGCAUUUCCUCUGGAUCUUUCUUCUUGUUAUUGUACUCGCGAGGAAAUUCGGACGUUCGCGGAACAGAGCAAGGCCUUAGGUGUCCAGUAUGUUGGAUUGUGCUGUGGGAACGCCCCCCACUUUCUCCGGGAGGUAGCAGCAGUGUAUGGAAAGUCAGCUCCGGCUCUGAAGUACUCCCCACAAAUGGAGAAGCAUUUUAUUUUCGGAGAUGAGAAAAAGAAUGAUCCUUAUUUUACAAAACAAUACAAAACUGUUAUCACGAAAAAAUAAAGUCGAUCUUGUUCAUAACAUUUACAUGUAAAAUUUAAAAAGAACGAUUUAGUGGAGUUAACGAAUAUAUAUCGCUU